GCCUGGCGGCCCAACAAGCACCUGCUGCUGCUGCUGCUGCCGCCGCUGGUGCUGCCCGCCCCGCCGAGGGCUCUUUCUUGGGCUGGCGGUGAAGCGAAGCGCCCGCGCGUUUGUCGGAAAAGCGGUGGCGCAAUCCGGAGAAGCUGCGGCAACGAGGCUCCGGGCAUCGCGACGGUGGAAGAAGGGAGCUGAGCGAGGGCAUCGCCGGCUUGGCAGCGUGGAUGAAAGUUUGGUCCGAAUUCCGUGCAGGGGACUCCAACCGUCAUGUUAAGAUAAAGCAGAAAGGUGCAGUGCUGAACAUGCUAAAGAGGCUGGACAAAAUAAGGUUCAGAGGACAUAAGAGAGAUGAGUUCCCGGACUUAGCAGAAUCUCCCAGUGCUUCAGAUACUGAAUGUGGAGAUGAAAUCCCUAUGAAAAUACCUCGUACAUCAGGCUAUGACGAACUGAGAGACCCUGCUGGUCCUGGGACUGUCAUCAUGGCGACAGGAGUUCCCGAUUACAACAGAACAGAGUCUGACAGAUUAAAUGAGAUCAAAGGCCACUUGGAAAUUGCCUUGCUGGAAAAGCACUUUCUCCAGGAGGAGCUAAGAAAGCUGAGAGAAGAAACCAAUGCUGAAACACUUAAACAAGAGUUAGAAAAAGAACGCUUGAGGAGGAUAGAACUGGAACAAAAAGUCAGUGAAAUUCUAAAAGCAAGAGCAGACGAAUCACCUCCAUCUACCCAGCAGCCCCCCAAAGCACAGAAUGGAACAGAUAAACGCAGCCACAUGGUGUGUUCAAGAGUUCAGAAGUGGAUUUAUGAUAAAUUUGGAGAAUAUAUUGAAGACUUUAGAUUUCAGCCAGAAGAAAACACAGUGGAAACAGAAGAGCCGCUCAGUGCAAGACGGCUAACAGAAAAUAUGAGAAGACUAAAGAGAGGUGCCAAACCUGUUACAAAUUUUGUGAAGAAUCUUUCUGCCUUAUCCGACUGGUUUUCUGUCUACACUUCUGCUAUUGCCUUUAUUAUGUACAUGAAUGCUGUAUGGCAUGGCUGGGCCAUUCCUAUGUUCUUAUUUUUAGCAAUUUUGAGGUUGUCCCUAAAUUACCUCAUAGCCAGAGGGUGGAGGAUACAAUGGAGCAUUGUGCCUGAAGUUUCUGAGCCUAUUGAACCUCCCAAAGAAGACUUAACCGUGUCAGAAAAGUUCCAGCUUGUUCUGGAUGUGGCACAAAAAGCACAGAAUUUAUUUGGCAAAAUGUCAGAUAUACUGGAAAAAAUUAAAAAUCUGUUCAUGUGGGUCCAGCCUGAAGUAACGCAGAAACUAUAUAUUGCUUUAUGGGCAGCUUUUAUUGCAUCCUGCUGCAUUCCUUACCGGAUCAUUGGGCUUGCAAUAGGACUUUAUGCAGGAAUUAAAUUUUUUCUGAUUGAUUUUGUCUUCAAACGGUGUCCAAGACUACGGGCAAAGUAUGAUACUCCUUAUAUCAUAUGGUUGAACUUGCCUACGGAUCCUCAACUCAAAGAAAGGGCUAAUGCUACAGUAUCAAGACGGCCUCAAACAACUGCAUCCCGAAGCUAUGUAGGUUCAAACACCUCAACAGGAGUGAGUCGGGAUGAGGAAACCAGCCGCUUUCACAAUACCAAGAGAGGAAACUUCCAUGAAGUAUUUAAUUUGUCAGAACAUGAGCGUCCAUUGGCAGUGUGUGAAAAUGGCUGGCGCUGCUGCUUGAUAAACAGAGAUAGGAAGAUAACCACUGAUUACAUUAGGAAUGGAGUUCUCUAUGUUACUGAAAAUUACUUAUGCUUUGAAAGUUCCAAAUCUGGUUCAUCUAAAAGAAAUAAAGUUAUAAAACUUGCAGAUAUAACAGAUAUUCAAAAGUACAAAGUACUUUCUGUUCUCCCAGGAUCUGGGAUGGGUAUUGCAGUAUCCACACCAUCUACGCAAAAACCGCUCGUGUUUGGUGCCAUGGUACACAGAGACGAAGCUUUUGAGACUAUUUUCUGCCAGUAUGUGAAGAUAACCUCUGCAGCAUCUGCCAGUGAAAGCUAGUAUAUCAUCCUUGCCGGGUUUUUAUAGGAAACGUCAUGAGUUUUACUCACCCAGCAGUGAAUAAAAAGGUGGAACAUCCUUCAUCAUCAGUCCUGCAAUGGUUUUCUUUGUUGCAUAUAUAUGUCUUAUGUUACAGAAAGUGUAUUUUAUUACAUGCCUUCCAUGGUUUCUGUUGGUUUUUAUUUACUGGGGUUUUUUUUUUUUGUAAUAAAAUAAAAGAACAGUGAAAAUGCUAUCGGCACUGUUAACCUUGCACAUUAAGCACUUUUAAUGUUUGUUCACUGACAUUAAAACGCUUAGGAAGAUUCUUAGUAAAACUAGCUUGAGGGGUAGGCCUUGUCUUAAUUAGACAUACCCUGAACUCUGUGGUUCAUCUGAUAUUUCUUUAGCUACGGGUUCUGCACACACCCACUGCACAAAUUCCAUUGAUUUCAGUGGCAUUAUGGUGCAAGUUUGUGAUUGAAUUUAGCAAAAACUGUCAAGAACAUGAUUCAUUUUCCUAAAUGAGAUGUAAAUAAUAGUUGAAAGUAUGAGUAUUUGAAGCUGUGCUUCCGGAAAACCUUCAUACUGACUUCUGUAUCUUUUCAAAAGGCAUUUAUAGGUUUAGAGACAGUUGGGAGAUGAAAUUAAAUCUUCAGAUAGUCAGUAUGCUCAUUUCUUCUCGGCCUACCUAACACAUCUUUCUUUGUCGUUAAUCUUAUGUCCCUGUGUUGACGUAACAAACGUUUCCAGUGUUUUCAAUAGCGAAGCAACUUUUUAGAAUUAUUUGGCAUGCUGCAUUAUCCUGUAUUUUCCUUAAAAUAUUGGAUAAACAUGAAGUUGAAAGUUAUCACAAAUGUGCCCAUUGGAGUGGAUGAGGAAUAAUGGGAAUAGUGUUGUAUCAAUGUACUACAAGCUCUGCACCCUUUGUAGUACUUUGAAAUGUCAUAUACUUAUAAAAAAGGAGUGCUACAACAUUGGAUUAACAUAAUUUUGAUGAAACCCCUGGAUCUUGCUGUUACCCUUGUAUGUGUCCAUAAUUCUUUUCCUUUGGUAUUUUAGCUUCUUGAGAGCUGUAGCCACACUUUUUGUAGUAAUUAACUUCGUGUGUGGUAGUCUUUAAUCAUGAAAAAGAAAUUGAGUAGAUGGUUAAAACUCCACAUGUUAAUUUAAUAUUUUAUAAAGGUGGCCGUGAUACAUUAAUUUUGGUUUCUUUUAUUUCAAAGUCAGUUUUUGAAGAGUGGAUGGUUCCUAACAGAAGCAGUAGAUCCUGGAAUCUAUUCUGUACUCCAAAUGAUCCCCUCAGUUACUUUUUAUUAUAUACAUAGAGUCAAUUGUUUACAAAUACGAUUGGAACUGUCAAAUAAGAAAAGAGAGAAUCCUUCUGUGCUAUGAACUAGUCUAUCCCAAGCCAAUCCCUUGUUUUACAUUAUGUCGUUGACUUUGUUACAUGCAUUUGCAUGUAACAUGUCACUGCUGUAAAGCUUAAUUAUUUUAACUUCAGAUGUCAUAAGAAGAUGGAAUUUUGCAAAAAAAAAAAAAUAGAAAUGAAGGAAGCAUGACUAAAAUUGUGGGUAAUAAAUGCUAGAAAAGUUUAACAAACUGAUUUAUGUGUGGGGAAAAAAUUGUUUAAAAAACUUCUUAAAAGGAUUAAAACACACAUUAAUUAUUGGUCUAGAAUCAGGAUCUGAAAGGUUCAUAUGCUCUUAUAUUUUCUAUAAGGUAAUACAGAGAUUUUCAACUCAGUGGUAAUGCGAGCCCCUAAAAUGUUAAAAUGAAUUUAAUAUAUGUGAUUUUCCAUGAUGAAUUAAACUCAUGAUUUCAGUGGACUUGGGAUAAGGCAAAAAUAUACCACUGAUUUUUUUAAUAAUUAAGAUGCAAUUCACAUAGAAAUUGCAAAUCAUAUAGAAUUAAAACAUGAGAAAAUAUUGCAACUUUAUAACAAAAAACCUUUUCACUGGAAAUAAAUGGUAAAGCCGUCAAACCAUAAUUUUAAUGGUAAGAAUACACUUGUUUUCUUCUUUAUGACCCUUGAAAUCUGGAUUUCAUUUUUGAGAUAGCUGCUCUCAUACUGUAUUUUGUUCCAUGUUUAUUUUGGAUUAACAUUGCCUUUUAUAGCAGCAACUGGUUAAAAAUUAAAUAAAUCAUAACAUUGCUGUUGGCGUGAUCAGGCAGAGUGGGAGCAACAUCUUAAUGUGAUCUUGAUUUGCAUACUCAAAACGUUUGUAGCACCCCUCAAAGUUGGUGAUGAGGGCCCGGGGCUUGUGACCCCCAGUUUUGAGAACCAGCACUGUAACGUGGAAAAAAAGUUAGUGAUGGUAAAAUGUCACCUUUUUUAGUAAUGCAUUUCUGUAUUAACAUUUUGUGAUAUAUAUAAAAUGUUAAGCUGGUAGGCUUCAUAAAACUUGGAACAAAUAAGGGUUUUGCCAGGCACAAUCCCAGCAAGUAAAUGUAAAGAUGGGGAUAUAAACAUUGUGUCAGAUUAACAUUUUUACUAACCUAAAUUAGAAUUGUAUUUACACAGAAUUGGCGUUUUUCCCCUUCUUUUUAAAAAUCAUGUUUAUAUAUUUAAUCUUAUUAAUUAAAAUUUAUUAAACUCAACACGGGUUUGUUAAAAUAGAUCAUACUAGACACACCUUCUUCUUUGGCUUCUUUGACAAAAAAGAUUAAAUUAGUGGAUCAGGGAAAUGCUGUGGACAUAGUUUACUUCAUCUUCAGUAAGGCAUUUGAUAAAAUAGACUAUAGCUUAUUUCUUGGUAAGAGAAAAAUGUGGGAUAGACAGCAUCACAGAUGGUUUUGUAACUGGCUGACCAACCACACUCAACAUGCAACCCUCAAUGGAACGACAUCUACAUGGAGAAGGACAUGCAAUGGGAUACCUCUUGGGCCCAGUGCUCUUUAACAUCUUCAUAAAUGAGCUAGAAGAGGGGAAAGAAGGGGUGCACAGCAAAUUUGGAGAUGAUACCAAGCUGGGGGGGAAUAGUCAACACUUUAGAAGGUAGGCUCAAGAUCCAGAAGGAUCCUGGCCCCCAUUAAACAGAAUUAAAUUCAGUAGUGAGAAAAGUAAGGUCUUUAUACAUAGGC